CCGGAAAACCAGCCACAUUGAGCUCACAAAUCACAAUCCUAAUCAAGUUGUUGUGAACCAAAAGCAAGGAGAAAUGAAGCCAUGAAAAGAGAAGCAAAGGGAGAGGAAGAGGAAGGUGUUACAAAAGCUAUGGAUUCUCCGAAAGGUCUUGCUCAAAGCUCCUCUGAAUCAAGCUCUCAGCAUGAGCUUGGAAGUCCUGUCAUGCCAGAGCCAUCAUCUCCAUUUGGUCACAAGUCGGGUUAUCGUUCCCAUCUUUAUGCUGCCAAAGCUUCUGAUUUAAUGAAAUCCAACAAUUUAGAUAGUUCUCCUACACAGACAUUGUUGAAUGUUGCAAACAGUGUUCUUAAUGAAAGUAUAGAGAGAAAGAAUGGGGAAAUACCUCAACGUGUAGCACUGUUGUUGAGGAAUGUUGUGCAAGAGGUCGAAAGACGUAUUUUAACUCAAGCAGACCAUAUAAGAAAUCAAAAUAACAUUUUUCGAACACGAGAGGAGAAGUAUCAAUCUAGAAUCAGAGUUCUUGAAACACUAGCACAUAGCACCAAGGAGGAAAAUCAGAUUCAAAACAUCAAAAUGGUAGAGAAGAAGAAAGCUGAAGAGCAAGAUGUAGUUAAAUUGACAAGCGAAAUCGAAGCUAAAGAUCAUACUAUAUCAGUACUGACUAAGGAAAAAGAAGAUAAAGAUCAUAUUAUAUCAUUACUGAAUAAGGAAAAAGAACUUCAAGAUCAUAUUAUAUCAGUAUUGAAGAAGGAAAAAGAAGAUAAAGAUCAUAUGAUAUCAGUAGCAGCAAAGGAAAAAGAAGAGAAAGAGCAUUUGAUAUUAAAACUGAAACAGGAAUUUGAAUCAACGAAGAACUCAUGCAUGAAACAAUAUCAGGAAUCGGAAAGUGAUGCGAAGGAAACAAAAUUGCAGUUGGAGAACAGGAUAAAGGAAUUAGAGAUCCUUCUUACCAAUUCGAAAAGGAAGAUCGAAGAACUUGAGUUAUAUUCUAAAUCCAAAUCCCAAACUUGGAACAAAAAGGAAUACACCUUUUUGAAUUCUAUCAGCUUUCAGCAACAAAUAGUUCAGGAUUUGAGAGUAGCAUCUAAAUCCAUCAAACAGAGUAUCAUAAAUACACAAAUGAAAUGGUCAGAUGAAGUGACUGGCAUUGGGAAACAGCUCAAGGUAUUGGUAAAUGCUGCUGAAAACUAUCAUGCAGUUCUUGCAGAAAAUAAGAAGCUCUUCAAUGAGGUUCAGGAAUUAAAAGGAAACAUUAGAGUGUAUUGUCGUAUAAGGCCUUUCCUUCCCGGGGAAAAUCUGAAGGCUACAAUUGUCGAUUACAUCGGUGAUAAUGGCGAACUUCUUGUUGCAAAUCCUUCCAAGCAAGUGAAGGACAAGCCUCGUUCGUUCAAAUUCAACAAGGUCUUCGGUCCAGCUGCAUCACAAGCACAAGUCUACUUGGAUAUUCAACCUUUUAUACGUUCGGUUCUUGAUGGUUUUAAUGUUUGCAUAUUUGCAUAUGGUCAAACUGGAUCAGGAAAGACAUACACUAUGAGUGGUCCUAAUCCACCAUCAGAAGAGGAGUGGGGUGUGAACUACAGAGCUCUGAAUGACCUCUUCAAUAUCAGUCAGAGUAGGAGAGGUGUUAAUUUAUAUGAAGUUGGAGUCCAAAUGGUCGAAAUAUAUAACGAACAAGUGCGCGAUCUACUGUCAAAUGAAGCCUCACAAAAGAGACUUGGGAUCCGGAGUGCUUCUCUUUCCAAUGGACUUGCUGUUCCUGAUGCCAAUAUGCUACCUGUUAAAUCAACAUCAGAUGUUCUAGAACUGAUGCAGAUUGGAUUUGCAAACAGAGCUGUUGGUGCAACUGCUCUCAAUAGCAAAAGUAGUAGAUCCCACAGUGUGGUGACAGUUCAUGUUCAGAGUGAGGAUUUAAAAACAGGGUCUACAUCUCAAGGUUUACUGCAUUUGAUUGAUCUUGCCGGAAGUGAGAGAGCAGAUCGGUCUGAAGCAACCGGGGACCGGCUUAAGGAAGCACAACACAUCAACAAAUCUUUGUCAGCUCUUGGAGAUGUCAUAUUUGCUUUGUCACAGAAGAGUGCUCAUGUACCAUACCGAAACAGCAAACUUACACAGCUCCUUCAAAGUUCCUUAGGUGGCCAGGCGAAAACACUAAUGUUUGUGCAAGUAAACCCGGAUGUGUUAUCGUUCUCGGAGUCUUUAAGUACAUUGAAGUUUGCUGAAAGGGUCUCUGGUGUAGAAUUAGGUGCUGCUAAAAGCAGCAAAGAAGGAAAAGAUGUUUCAGAUUUAAUGGAACAGGUGGCUUCUCUUAAAGACACCAUUGCAAGAAAAGAUGAAGAAAUUGAACAGUUGCAGCAGGCCAAAAGAUACCGGAAUCAGUCUCCGGGAAUAAGCAAUGGAAGAAAACUCGGCGGCAUUGCUUUGCAGCAUUCCUCAUCAUUUCCCGGAAAAUUAUCAUCAAGUGGUAGCCAGAAAUCAUUAGGUGGCAUGGUGAAAAGAGCUAGCAGAGUUAGUUUAGAUACCGACAGUUACUCAGAAUGUGGCGAGGGGCUUUCAGAGUCCAGUUCUAUAAAUUCCCUGGAUGAACUCAACCAGCAAUUUGACACUGACUUUUCAGGUAACGGUGAAGCAGAAUCAGAUGAAAAAAUAGAUACUGCAACCGACAAGAUCAGGAGAGUUCCAUUACGAAUUCCUAGACCACUUGUGCCGAAGACCAGGCCACUGACACCAAGCAGGCAAAGAUUGAAAGAACCAUUGAAAUCUCCGGUUUCAAGUUUGAGGAAAACCACUACCAGCACAGCCACUGAAUCGCCGCGCAAGGCACCAAGGCGAGGACUGUAA